UUAUCUCGAAGAACGUCACUUGCAGCGCCAUUGACAGUGUCACAGUCGAAUCUUCAGAGGUCACGCGAGUGUCUUUGAAGGGUUAUUAAGAACAUAUCAUUUUUUUCCUGGAAAAAUUAUUUCGAAUAAUUUAACGUAACAUUCAUUAUCGUCAACAUGCUACCGCGAUUCCUCAGGCCUACCGUAAACAUCGCUCAGCAAGGAGCAAAACGAUUAUCGACCAGUACCAAGUGCGAUGCCAAGGUUGCUGUUAUGGGAGCAAGUGGCGGCAUUGGCCAGCCGCUAUCCUUACUUCUCAAACAAUCACCUCUUGUCACCGAAUUGUCGCUGUAUGAUAUCGUAAAUACACCAGGUGUCGCCGCCGAUCUCUCACAUAUAGAUACGCCAGCAAAAGUUAAAGCUUACAAUGGUCCGGAACAACUCAAGGAUUCUUUGAAAGGCGCUCAGGUCAUUAUUAUACCUGCUGGAGUCCCGCGCAAACCAGGCAUGACCCGUGAUGACCUCUUCAACACGAACGCUUCUAUCGUUCGGGAUCUCGUUGUCGCGAUGGCGGAAGUCGCACCGAAAGCUUUUGUUGCAAUCAUCUCGAAUCCUGUCAACAGUACAGUACCAAUAGCGAGCGAAGUAUUGCAAAAAGCUUCUGUCUACGAUCCUAAUCGUGUGUUUGGAGUGACCACUCUGGAUAUUGUCAGAGCAAACACAUUCAUCGCAGAAGCAAAGAACCUGGAUCCACAGAAAACAUCCGUCCCUGUCAUUGGUGGGCACAGUGGCAUCACUAUUAUUCCUCUAAUCUCGCAGUGCACGCCGUCAGUUUCUUUCCCAGAUGCUCAAUUGAAAGCACUCACCGAGAGAAUUCAAGAGGCCGGUACCGAAGUUGUUAAAGCCAAAGCAGGUACCGGAUCUGCAACUUUGUCUAUGGCUUAUGCCGGCGCACGAUUUGGUUUGUCGUUAAUCAGAGCGCUCAACGGGGAGACUGGUAUUAUUGAGUGCUCGUACGUCAAGUCAAAUGUCACUGAUGCCAAAUACUUCUCUACACCGAUACUUUUGGGCAAAAAUGGAAUUGAGAAAAAUUUGGGCCUGGGUAAACUAAGCAGCUUUGAGCAAAAACUGUUAGAUGCUGCUAUUCCUGAACUCAAAAAAAAUAUUCAAAAAGGAGAAGACUUUGUAAAUAAGAAGUGAAAUCUGUCGAACUAAACAGAGCGUGAAAAUUACUGACUUUUGUUGCUCAUCUUGUAAUUAUAGUGAUCACAGUAAAUUAUCAUUUUUCAACUGUGAUGAGCGUGAAAAUCCACAAAUAUAUUUUUUGUUUCUCUCUGACCUGCCGAUACAUAUGCAUAAGUGUGUAGUAUUUGAAAUGUUGGAACAGAUUAUGAAGUGUAUUUAUAAUAUUGAAAUUGUAAAUGAAAAAUAAACUGCCGAGCAGAUUUAUAUAUACAUUUAGUAUGUA